UGCAGCAUUAACCACAUUCCAGAGAGGCGCAGCGCAUCCUGUCUUCAUCCCCGCAUUCCUUUUACGCAAACGAGUCCCCUGUGUAAAACGGUGUUUUUCUUAGCUUAUCGUACGCUUGGUGAGUCCGGACUUAAAUACAACGGAUAUUUAUGGCGUAUCCGAUUAUGCAGCCCACUUUGAUUUCUGGCAUAGCGACCGUAAGCGAAAGUAGAGGAAAAACCAACAAGGGGAAAUUCCUCCGCGCAGCGCGCCAUUGACUGUAAAGACCUUUCAACUUAACAAAAACUGAAGUUGACAAACGUAUCCCUGUCGGCUGAAACUGUGAGAAAGAGUUUGUUUUUUCGGCGGAGGGGGCAAAGCAGAAGAAGACGAUGCGGCACACAUUGGCGGUUUCUGAGCACAUUGGUGGUUUUCUGUAAAUGAGCGACGGCUGUACCGCGGCGUUUUGUUUUGAUUUCCAUGUGAAAUGCAAUUAGUGCUCCGCGGUGCUCGCUAGUUUGGCUCGCGGAGCGGAGCACACUAAACUUGUUUCUCGCCUCGGGAGCACAACAUGGAGCAUUAUCAGGAAGAUUUAGGACUCCGGGCCAGUAAAUUGAUGGAGGACCUUUCCUUGUAUGAUGCGUAUAAAGACGAGAUGUACAACGCGAGGAGAGACUUGGUGAUUAACCCCGAUUUAGACUUUUCGGCUCCGGCAGUAGCAGAGCGCAAAAGUAAGCCAAUGAAUGGUACCUCUGUGCUUCACCAGCAGCAUCACACAGUGGAGAAUUUCACGACUGGGAAUAAAGUGUACAACGCAGCUCCGGUGCGCCCUGUGAACUGCAACCGGACCGUUCCUGUGGAUUUUUGUGCCCCUCAAAGAGACGCAGUUUAUAGUGAGGAGGGCUGCUGCACCAAAUCCGAAGUGGCUUUGCCGUGCUACACGGGCGCUUCCGAGAGGCACAGGAGAUACUCUCUGGAGGUGCAGGGCCACAGGUACAGCACCGGCUCCGCUUUCGACGGCGUGCCUCUCAACAAACCCGUGGCUCUGCCCGGCAACAGGUGCAACAGUGUGUGCAUUACCAGCAGCCACGACGGGAGAUAUAACGCCACUAGUCCCCGGUCCAGCCUAGCAUCUUCCCUGUCCUCUCAAGAGCAGAGCAAGCAUGCCAGCCCGAGGUCGAGCAUCAGCAGCCCGCGCACUAGUUUGGUGGUACCGGGCCAGGACAGGUACACGAGCCCCAGAUCUAGUUUAGUUCACUGUGAGGGCAACAGUGUCCUCAGUCCCAGAUCCAGCUAUGCAAGCACCGCCAGCGACACGAGUAAACACUCCAGCCCCCGGGCCAGCCUCAACAGCUGUGACUGCUGCAGCAAGCCCAGCAGCAACCGCACCAGCGGGAUCAGCAUGGGCUACGACCAGAGGCACAACAGCCCCAGGUCGAGCACGGCAAGCCAGUACUCAUUCACCACCAGCCCGAGAUCCAGUUACUCGGACUCACGGUACGGGCCCGUGGUCAACCAUGAUCUGGAGGGGGCGAUUUUACACUCGGCGCCGCUGGCUAGUCCUCGUUCGAGCAUCUGUAGCCAGGACGGGAGCGCAAGACCGGGGACCGCCGCAAACUGCGUGGUCAGUCCCCGGUCCAGCAUCUCCAGCCACAGCUCCAGAAGUUCCCGCAGCUCCAGGGGGUCUAUGAGCACCUACCCGGAUCUGCAGCUGCCCUCACCCAGGUCAUCGAUGCUGGGCAGCGGUUUGCACGAGGACACGCUGCUGCAGGAGUUUGGAGACUCCAACGGGAUCCAAAAUCGCAUCCAUCUCCAGGGGCUCUCGGCGGUCCCAGAGCCCCAGCAGCAGUCGGCCCACACGGGAGGGACUGCGGAGAUGACCGUGGGGUCGCCAUCGUCAUUUUGUUACGGGGUGUCCUCGAAAACGGCUUCAUCAGGCCAGAGGUUUAAGCUGCCUUACCAGGUGACCCCCAGCCGAGAGAGUGGGCCAAGCCAGGCUGAGAGGCGGCUGGAGGCGCUCACCCUGGAGCUGGAAAAGGAGUUAGAGAUGCACAUGAAAAAGGAAUACUUUGGAAUCUGUGUCAAAUGUGGGAAGGGUGUCUACGGAGCCAGCCAAGCCUGCCAGGCCAUGGGGAACCUGUAUCACACUAACUGCUUCACCUGCUGCUCCUGUGGGCGGAGGCUUCGCGGCAAAGCAUUCUACAACGUCAACGGGAAGGUCUAUUGUGAGGAGGAUUUUCUGUACUCUGGUUUCCAGCAGACGGCUGAGAAGUGCUUCGUGUGUGGGCACCUCAUCAUGGAGAUGAUCCUCCAGGCACUAGGCAAGUCCUACCAUCCUGGUUGUUUCCGCUGCGUGGUGUGUAAAGAGGGUCUAGAUGGAGUGCCUUUCACAGUGGACGUUGAGAACAACAUCUACUGUGUCAAAGACUACCACACGGUUUUUGCUCCCAAGUGUGCCUCCUGCAACCAGCCCAUCCUUCCAGCCCAGGGGUCUGAGGAAACCAUCCGGGUAGUUUCUAUGGACAAGGACUACCAUGUGGAGUGUUACCACUGUGAGGACUGUGGUCUCCAGCUAAAUGACGAAGAGGGCCAUCGCUGUUACCCACUGGAAGGCCACCUGCUCUGUCAUGGCUGCCACAUCCACCGGCUCCAGUCGCAGGUCUCUGCCCACCUGCCCCCCAGCUACCCCCUCCAUGUCACAGAGCUGUGAGGGGGAGGAGGGUGGGCAGCAACCAAGCCCUGCCUCCCAGGUGACCUGAGACACCAGCAGCGGUUAAGAAAUUUUUUAAAAAGGCCUGCAGCAGUACCAGGGAAGCCUCUGAGCUACAGCCCCUGUCUUCAACUGAACAGCUGGGCCGUGGACUAACACACAGUGCAGGUCCCACCACAAGCCAUGUCAUGUCACAUGACGGGGCUGGGAAAAAGGGUCCUCCUCCUACUUCAUCUGUGGUCCUUUCCUCCCCGCUCCCCUGGGGUGGCUAAACCCUGAAAGCCAACACGCCUACUCACCCAGAGGCCCCCGUGACGUCACACCUCCUGACCCCUGCAUAUUCAUCAAAGAGAGGGUUUUUGGAUCGGAGGAGAGAACGUGAACUUGUCUCUCUUCUUGCUUUUCUCUCUUCCUUUCCAUGUUUUUCAUUCCUAUGCUCUGACUGAAGGAGUUUACCACAGUGGAUUCACCUGUGCUGUCACGCCUAGAGUGCACUGCUGAUGUCUGCGUCGGGAAGGCCAGGGGACAAGCCACUAUGUCCAAGUACUGGCUGGACUUGACAGACCCCAGGGUGGGCAUGCUGUGCCUUCGGAGCAGGCUCUCUCUGUGCGGCCCCUAACACUGAAAUGGAGUCCUGCUAAAGGCUAUGCAAAGGACACCCAGCAUCAUUACACAGGGCUGUGAGAAAAAAUAUUAAGUCAUCGCUCCUCACCCCGCACCGCCCCGAAAUAACAGAUGCACCGUAGCGCCACAAGCCCAGAGGACAGACUGACAUUCCACUUAGAAGUCUUAGACGAGACCUCGAGAGAUUCACAUGCAGUGUCUUAAUUAAUGAUUAUAUUAUGACAGAAAAAGAAAAUGUUAGAUGCACAUAGAUUGUCUUUUAUAUAUGAAUAUAUAUUUUGCAGAUGUUUUCCACGUGACAUCAUAGAUGUAGAUUGUCGGGUUUUUUUGUUGCUGCGUUCGCGAUAGAUUCGGAGGUGAAACACAGCGUCUGUUAUGUUGUCUGACGCUUCUGAAGAUUUUGGGUCUGUUGCAUCAUUUCUCCUCCAGGACACAGAGCCUCUUCAUGUCUGUCAGUGGGUCACAGGUCCACAGGCUUUAUAGGAGCAGACCUGGCUCAAAUAGCAUUUGCCUUCAGUUAUUUUUAUUCCACUUUGAGUACCAAAUGUUCAGUGCCUGAAUCAAGUUUUUGGCAACAGAUGUGUUUCUUUUAGACUGCAUAUGAAGUGUAUACAGCUGGAACAUUCCUGCAUACUUUUACAUUUCACUGCCUUUGGUUAAACCUCAAGCAAUGUAUUUAUUGUAAAUACACUAAAAAGUCAAAAUGAAUUGAAUAAUGAUUUUGACUAUUUGAACUGGUUAACCUCUCCAGCGCAUGGUCUUAAAUUAAGCAGCACUUGAAGUUCUAUGUAACCUAAUUCCUACAAAAUGUAACAAUGCAUUUAUGUACCUUAACUUUAGACUUUCUGACUUUCUGUCAAAGGCCUCUAUUUUAUCACACAGAGUGUGAGCUUAAGACUUAAGCUUAAUCGUCAAAUCUGAGAGCUUAGCUACAAAUUGGUCUUUAAAUACUAAAGAUUUAGGCGCUUUGGUGGAGCACUAAAAGACACAGCAGUCAGAAAUCAAAUGUCAGCUCAUGACAGAGAAAAUGCAAACGGUUGUAAAGAUUGUUUUACAGAGAUGUUGUUUCAUUUAUUAAAAAAGGUAUUUGGAAAAUAUUUGGCUAAACAAAGUGCUAGAAAUUGUGAGACAAAUAGCAUGUUGUGUGCACUAGGCACCUCAGAGGGAUGAAGAUCUGCACUAAAAAUAAACUAAUGAACUUACACCUUAAUUAUACUUUUAAACUAUAUAUCAUUUUCCAUGCUAAAAACAGUGUUCACAAGCAUUUGUUGAUAAUUUUCUGAACACCCAGUUGCUACUUUCCUCCAGAGAGGAGCCUAAAGUCAGUAAUUUUCUAUCACCAACGUCUGCCCUGACACUGUCAGGAAUGUGGCACCUGGUACUCAAACAGGAAUCAAACAAUCGCAAAUACCUUUUUCCACCAGGUCUGUUCAGGACACUGUUUCCUGGUAUGUUUUCAAGACACUGGUUUUUUGUCAUAUGAGCACUGAGAACAAAGUGCGUCACUACGAGGAACCUCCACUAGUCUGCAUGCCUUAAGACAGAACGGGUAUGUUUUGUGUCUCGCUCUGGUUUGCCAUGCAGUCUGCUGUUGUGUUUUGAGAGGACGUCCCUGAAAAACCCGGAGCUGCUGGUCCCACCCGCAUUUUUAUGGGACAACCUUGCUGGAUGUAUGCGUUUAUGUGUGUGUGGGUGGGGGGGAGUGCAGGCAGGCAGGCGCUUGCAUGUAUGUGUUGCAGUGAGUCAUGUAUGUAUGUGUAUAAUAUGCAAAACAAAAACUAAAUGAGACAAAAUCACUUGAAACGCCGAGCUGUGGUGGUCCUGAAACAUUUGUCUCACCUCUCUUCACUGGGUUACUGUCACAAUGAGUUUGUUUUCCCCCAGAUUGGCACUCAAUUAAUCCUCCCCUGUAACAUGAAAAGUUUUGAAAGUCAGAAUUCAAGAUAAUUUAGGGAACUUCUGUUUUUGAGGAAAAUUCUGCCUCAAUCAUGCGAAUUAUAGAGAUAAACCCCCACCAUGUGUGUGCUUAUUUUAAAUAUGAGCAAAUUGUGUAAAUGUCUUAAGUGUGUGUGUGUGUGUGUGUGUGUGUGUGUGUACUAAUGGCAGGACCAUGGAACAUGCACAUCACUGUGUCUGCAGGGCAGGGCAGCAUCCAACACAGUGACCCCUGCUCUGUCUGUUGUACCCCAGUGUUGAUUUUGAUGACAUUGUUCGUUCAUCACGUACCUUUGUCCAGAUGUUUGUGUCUAAUUCUUGGUGUUUGUUCGACCCUCUGUCUAGUACCAUGUUGGUGGGGCUUACACAUGUUCCAGUAAAUGUUCCAGUGGCUGAUAUAUCAUCCUCUGAUAGUGGCAAACCCAUCUGGUAACUAAAAGAGAAUAAAACAAUCACCAACUAUUAUAUGCACUGGCCCAGCUCUUAUUCAUACUGCAUUACCGUGCACACCGGUCUGAAUAAAUACUACUGAAUGUGUCAAAGACAGAGACUGAAGCCAGGGGUCACCACAGGCAGAAAGUGAUUUUUGAUUUAUCCUGAUCUAAUGAGAUUCAUUCGAAUGUAAUAAUAAUUAGUGUUUGUUCUCCUCCCAGUUGUAUAUUUGUUAAAACAGAAAAGAAAAGGACUCAAUAUGUGAGACAUUCCUUGUCAUUUGAUUAACCUCAAGGGUUCUGGUCAAGUAACGUGUGCCAUACUUGAAGAAUGAGGCAUUUUUUUUAACUAGUCUGCACAAUAUCUACGCCCAAGAUAAAACGGGAUAAGAUCAGAGUGUAUCCCCUGUUAAAGAUGUCUUGAUUCACCUGUUUUAAAAGUACUUCAGUUUCUAUUGCAUAGCACACAGCUAGUUACCCUGUAAAUAAAGAGGCUAGUUUUUUAUUUUAUUUUUCUGUCAAAAAUCACUUGGAAAGAGAAGACGACUUCUUCUCUUACUGGUAGUUCCAACAAGCACAUCUCGACACCUGUUAAACAUCUUUUGUAUUUUGAUUACCUAGAUGGUUCAUAAAAAAAGGAAACUAGAUCUAUUUAUCUAAACAUGAAAAAAGUCUAAAGUUAUUUAAUGUAUUAAAAAUCGGGACGUAUCAUUUAACUGUAGAUGACAUAAUCUGCUUUUUCAAUAAAGUGGUUUUGUAGCUAACUGCAAAAAA